AUGAUGAAAUGAUGAUAAACAAUUACACUUUCAUUUGCAUUUCCAGCUUCUAGAAAUGAAAGCUAAGGCAGGACAAGUAGAGUAGGGAUAUAUAAUGUACAGGAAAGGUCAUUGUUUUGGCCCCAAACAGUGACAACUACAUCACCACAGGAUUUCGCAUCCACUUUUUCAACAGCCUCCAUAAACACACGGGUUUGAUAGUCACAGCCAGGCCAGGAAGUGACAACUCUCCCUCCCCACACGAUGUGCAACCGAAGAACUAUGUGUACGAAUCGCACCAGGAAUCGGCAGCCAAUUAUCAAAUACAUACAUACAAAAAGGGCGUGGUUUUCCCCUUACAGCCCAGCUGCUCCCCGCCCUAUUUUCCUUUCAACGUCCAAUCAGCGUCAGGCUGGGGGAAAUGCGGGAAAAUCCAAAUACCAUUAAAUGGGGGUCAAAAUAAGUGGUACAGACGUAUAUGGCGCAGUGGCGCGCAUGCGCAGUUGUCGGCCGCUGGAUUCCAAAUUGGAAUGCGGCCUGAGCGACAGAGCCAUAGUAGAGUUAGCACGUUACUACCGGGGCAGGAACCUCCUGUGUUAGCUCCGCCCCCUCGAAAACUCAUCAGCAACGCGAGUGGGGGGAGCUUAGAGUCUGAGCCCGUGUUUCGUAUCGGUAUUGCUCGGUCAUACGGCUCCGCUGAAUGUUUAUCCGCGGGGACUAUGUUAGGGCAACAGCAGCACUUGCACUACUCCCCAGGGAGCUCGGCGGCGGAGGACAGCCAACUGGUGAGCUAUGUGGAGGAGUACCUGGAGUGCGUGGAGUCGUUGCCGUUGGAAAUCCAGAGGAGCGUCACUCUGUUGCGGGAGAUCGAUAGCCAGUACCGGGAAGCUCUGAAAGAAGUCGAUGAUGUUUUUGAAAAACAUUCAAACGAAAGUGACGCUAAUCACAAAAAGCGACUGCUGCAGCAGCUUCAGAGGGCCCUCAUUAUGACCCAGGAGCUUGGCGAUGAUAAAAUACAGCUAGUUACACAAGUGUUUGAGUUCAUAGAGAACAGGACAAAGCAAAUGGAAUCUCUUUGCAAGGGCUUCUUUGAUCAAGAAGAGAGUGACAAGUCUAUGGAAAAAUCUAAAGUUGAGUCAAAUGCAUCUGAAAGGUCUACACGUAGGCCUCGCAGACAGCGCAAUAGUGAGAGCCACGACUUGUGUCACAUGGUCAAUGGGAUGGAUGACCUUGAAGAGCAGCCCCCGAAAGAGAAGAAAUCAAAAUCGUCCAAAAAGAAAAAACGCUCCAAAGCCAAGCAAGAGAGGGAGGUGUCCCCUAUACCUUUUGCAAUUGACCCCAAUGAGCCAACGUACUGUCUGUGCAAUCAGGUGUCUUUUGGUGAGAUGAUUGGAUGUGAUAAUGACGAGUGCACCAUAGAGUGGUUCCAUUUCUCUUGCGUUGGACUUACCUACAAACCAAAGGGCAAAUGGUAUUGUCCUGACUGCAGAGGAGACAAUGAAAAGACUAUGAACAAAAACACGGAUAAAACAAAAAAAGACAGACGGUCGAGGUAGUUUGGGGAAGUCUUGUGUAUUAUUAUUAUUAUUAUUUUUUGCUCCUUUUUGUUUUCUUAUAAAGAAACUGUUUUAGAUACAAUGUGAUAUUUUAAUAGUACUGAAAUAUUAAAACCUUUCUGUUUGUGACUUUA